ACGAAAUCGUGUCAUCGUGGCACAAUUGGCCUCUAUAUAAUUUCCUCCUCGCCUCCUUUGUUUUCUUUCUUUUCCUCGUGGCACCCACAUUUUCUCUGCUUUUCUUCUUCCGAGGGAUUCCUUCUGGUCUGGAUCUAGAUCUGUGUUUUGCUUUUGAGGAUAAAAACAAAAACUCUGGGCGUUCAUUACGAAGCUGUGGUUUUUUUGGGAAGAUGAAUCACUGCAAUCUUCAGCAGAACGCCGCCGCGUCGGCUUAUGAGGAAUUGAGAGGGUUGAUCUCAAUCUCUGAUCAUCAAAAGGGCGGCCCUGUUGUUUGCCCUAAGCCUCGGCGAAUUGGGGUUCUCGCCAAUAACCCCAUCAAGCCCUUGAGAUUGCAUAUGAGCCAUCAGGUCGAGGUAAGCGAUUUGAAAGCCGGUGCAGAGCUUCUAGAUUUCAUCCUCAAGAAGCAGGAGGAUUUGGGGACAGAACAAUCUGCAACACAGGAAGCAUCAUCACCCCCAUAUUUUUGUGGGUCGCCUCCCAGUAGGGCUGCGAAUCCACUUGUGCAAGAUGCUCGAUUUGGUGAUGAAAGACUUGCAGCCCUUUCAACAUUGCAAAUACCAUCACCAUCAUCUGCAUCAUCAUCAGCACGUAAAGCAGGGUGUGUUAGGAUGAAGUUUGGCCUUAAACCAGCCACAGUUAGAGUAGAAGGAUUUGAUUGCCUUAACAGGGAUCGCCAGAAUUCCAGCAUCUCUGCUAUGGCUUAGAAGUUAAAUUAAAAUCGAAGUGUACAUAGAAUGAAGCUAAAUGCUACCACCAUUUCAGAAACCAAAGCAGGAUUAACAAGGAGGGAGUUUUGGAUAUUUUUGGACAAGAGUAGUGUUGUGUAUAUGAUGUGUUUUUUGGUCAGGUAAAUAUAUUUGAUUGCUAAUAGCGCUGUAAGUAGUUUGAUUGAAGGGAUGGCAAGUAGAAAGGUUUGAAUUAUGCUGAGAUUUCGUAGUAUAUAAGAUUCGGGUUAGUAUCCGAAGAGGAUCAAUCCACAUUUGUUUUUGAAGAUCACCAUGGAAAAAAAUCUGUAUAGAUCCUGUUGGUGAUCUGAAUUGCAGCUACAUUACUCUGUAAAUGUAUGUUGGUAAUUGUCAAAUUUCCUUGUUUUUAUGAAUGUUACUGUCAUAUUUAUGUUUA